AUGUAUUUUAUUAUAACAAUAUGUUUCUUGUACAUCAUCUUUGAUUUUAAUUAUUUCCUUCGGUCAGGGUUCACUGUUAUAAGCAGUAGAUUUUACGAAAAGAGAUGUGGACUCAAUGAUACUACAACUAUUUAUGGUUUCUGCACAACCCAGGACAUCGACAUACUGGUAAAACAUAUGAAUAAUGCCAGAUUUGUGAGAGAAAUUGACUUUGCGCGUUACCAUUUUUACGAUAGAACCGGUAUAUAUGAUAAAAUAAAGAAAAUAGGAGACAUUCCUUUACAUGUGGCUUCCUGCAAUCGGUAUAGAAAAAGCAUUCCUAUAUUCACUGCUUACAAAAUUGAAUCUAAGAUGGUCUGCUGGGAAGAAAAGACCUUCGUCAUGGAGCACAAAUUCAUAACGCUUAACGACGGCUUCGUUCGAGCGCUGGUGCUCUCUCGUCAGAGUUUUCAAAAAAAUAACUCAGACAUUAUGUUCAAGGGUAUUCCUGGAGCCGACCACAAACCUGAAUGUCCUGAGGAAGUUAAACACUGGUUGCGAGCUAUUGAAAUCUCUAGUGCCAAGCUUAGGAAAAAAGAUUAGAGCUUUUUUUAUUAGUUGGUAGUUUACUUAGGUCUUAGAUAUUUGUUACAUAAAAUAGGUUUGCUUUGGAUUUAAUAUUCGGUUUAUUUUGGAAUCGUCUCAAAUUGAUUCAGCCAAGCGACUCGAUACUGCGAUGCAUUAAAACGACCGA